AUGUCUGAAGCGGCACUGUUAUCGUUCACCAAGAAGUUGUUGGAUUCACCUCCAAAGUUGACUUGUACAGACUUGCAUGAUGCCAUAUUAAUCAUUCUUGAUCUUUUAAAAAAAUGCGAUACAAAUAGCGACGAAACUCUUUCCAUUUAUACCAAAGUUUCCAGUUUUCUGACGGCAUUGAGAUUCACCCAGCUUGACCAUAAAGCAGAAUACAUUGCCGAAGCUGCCAAGGCUGUGUUAAAGCAUUCUGACCUCGUGGAUUUACCAUUGCCCACGAAAAGCAUAUUAAGCCCUGGCGCAGGACCAAUAAUUUUGGAUAUCGUGGGUACCGGUGGUGAUGGACAAAACACCUUUAACGUUUCCACCUCUGCAGCUAUAGUUGCCUCUGGUAUUCCAGGACUAAAGGUUUGCAAACACGGAGGGAAAGCUUCUACAUCCAAUAGUGGGGCUGGUGAUUUAAUUGGAACUUUGGGAUGUGAUGUAUCUAAGGUUAACUCCUCAACGGUUCCUGGCUUGUGGCCCGAUAAUACAUUUUUGUUUCUUCUAGCCCCAUUUUUCCACCGCGGAAUGGGUCACGCUUCCAAGGUACGUAAACUGCUGGGCAUUCCAACUAUUUUCAACGUGUUGGGACCUCUUUUACACCCAGUCAGCCAUGUAAACAAGAGAAUACUGGGCGUUUACUCAAAAGAGCUUGCGCCUGAAUAUGCCAAGGCAGCCGCUCUGGUAUACCCGCAGAGUGAGACCUUCAUUGUUUGGGGGCAUGUUGGGCUAGAUGAAGUAUCGCCGGUAGGUAAAACAACAGUUUGGCAUAUCAACCCAACAUCAUUUGGCCAUUCCGAUGAACCUCAAAUGAAAACCUUCCAACUAGAGCCUUCAAUGUUUGGCCUAAAAGAACACGAAUUGUCUGAGUGCGCCUCUUUCGGGCCUACGGAAAACGCAAGAAUCCUGAAGGAGGAGGUUCUAUCUGGUAAAUACCACCUUGGUGAUAAUAAUGCAGUCUACGACUACAUUUUGAUGAACACUGCCGUAUUAUACUGUUUAAGUCAAGGUCACCAGGAUUGGAAAAAGGGGAUCAUUAAAGCAGAAGAAAGCAUCCAGUCUGGUAAUGCAUUACAUUCAUUGGAGCACUUUAUAGCUAGCGUAAGCUCAUUGUAG